UUGGUUGGACGUACACGAACAUCCUAGGUACAUACUGUACGUACCUAGGUACAACAUCGGGGCCUCGAGCCGACCAAGUUCGUAAGGAAGGGAUCUGCAGACAAAGUCCUCUAUGUUCAGGGCGGUUAACAGGUUUAACAAUCAGGAAGCUCUGGAGACGAGAUGUGAAACGUAUAGGGUGAAUGAAGAUCGUCCAGGCUAAGUUCCCCAGAGAAAUUUGUGUAUCCAAGUGGGAAGAGCCAAAAGCAUGAAGGUGUGAGGAGGGAAUGGAAGGAGAUCUCUAGAUGGCUAGGUGUCGUUAUUGAACCUCAAUAUGAUUAUUUCUACGGAAAGCAAUUUCUCAUUGACGAUUCCUGUGGGGGGUGGAUCGGACCCGUAUUCAGAUGGGAAUUGUGUGAGUAGCAUGAAAGUGGACAACUCGCUCAAUGAGAUCGAGUUCGAAUCCGUGGGUCACUUGGGGGUGGUUCUCUCCGGACUGAAUCUGCUUCGUCACAAGGGACAUCUGACUGAUGUCACACUCAAGACGGAAGAUCAAACAUUUCAGGCCCAUCGGGUAGUUUUGGCAUCCUGUUCGGACUAUUUCCGGGCCAUGUUCACAGAUCCCAUGCGAGAACGCAAACAGAGCGACAUUUUGUUGGCGGGUGUGUCAGCUCCGGGCGUUCGAUUUCUUUUGGACUAUAUUUAUACGUCGAAACUGUCACUCAGUCUAGCCAAUAUACAAGAAGUCCUCUCAGCGGCCUCUCAUCUGCAAGUCACGCAAGUGGUGGAGGCGUGUUCUAAUUAUCUUCAGUCUCAACUUGAUUGCGAGAAUUGUGUGGAUGUCGUGACCAUUGCCGAGACUUACUCUCUGGACCAUUUACGGACCAAGGUGUAUCGAUUCAUGUCCGAGAAUCUGGCCACGUUUUCUAAACUCCCCGAAUUUCAUCGACUCUCGGCGGGUCAAAUCGAACAUUUAUUAGACAAUGAUUUCCCUGUGGAUGUGCCUGAAGAGCGAGUCUUGGAAAUUCUCCUGAACUGGCUGGACGUUCAAAGCACGUCUCGAAUGGCUCAUGCGCACAAAUUAAUUCGCAAGAUCAACUUUCACGAAAUCCAUCCAGCCCAUUUGACUUCAAUCAUGGGGCGAAAGAUGUGCUCGCACCUUCCCAAAUCGUUUCUGUCCCGCAUUCAGACCUUGGCUUCGCAAGAACAUAAUUCUGAGGAAGCCAGCCAGUGUGAUCUAGCGCCUGCCUAUCUUCUCAAUUCUCGGGGUAUGGAAGAAGCCGUGGUCAAAGUGGGCGGAUUUGGUCCUCACGGAGUGACGAAUCAAAUCACGUAUUUCCUACCAAGUUUAGGCCGAUGGCGGCACUUGACCUCGAUUCCACACGUGGAGAGCAGCAACUUUGGAUGUGUGGUGGUCAAAAACGAAUUGUACGUCUUGGGUGGAUGCUUCAACCAAUCUCUGCAAGAGGAGCAUAUCCACCCAUUUGGCUUUCGAUUCAAUCCCCGACACAACAAGUGGUCCACUUUGGCACCCAUGCAUCGAGAGCGUUGCCGAUUCUCAGCCACAGCAGUCGGACAGUCUAUUUACGUCAUGGGUGGAUGCUCCGAGAGGUUCGAGGACAUGACUAGUGAGGAUGAGAUUCAACAAACCGGGGCUCUUUGCGAAAGGUAUGACGUAGACGAGGACAAAUGGUAUCCGGUGGGUCCGUUCCCCGAUGGAAGUGUGAGGUCCCAACAUUCGGCUGUGCGGCAUCACAACCUCAUCGUUUUGUCAGGAGGGCUCGAUCAAGACGUCACCCUCAAUUCCAUUUUAGUCUACAACGUGACGACCACCUCGUGGAACACCCAAGAGACCCGCUCAAUGCCCUUGCCCCGAGCAGACCAUGUCAUGUUGUGUUGGAGGGAUCGGAUCUAUUUCAGUGGGGGCUGGUUCGAGGACGAGGUGAAUGGGAGUCGAACCCUAGUUGAUUCAAUUGACGUCUAUGAUGUGGACUCGAACUCAUGGGUAGUCGAAACCAAGAUCCCCACCCCGCGGUUUCAUGCAGGAAGUGCGAUAGUCAAAGAUAAACUCUACAUCAUUGGGGGCUUUCUUAGCGAGAGCUUGUUCGAUCGAGCCACGGGUCUGAUCGAGUGCUAUGAUUUGGUGAAGCGAACUUGGUGUGCCAAUGAGGUCUAUCCCUACGAGCUUUGGGAACACACUUGCGCGUCACUUUAUAUUCCUCGAUGUCGCGACAAUAUGGAUGUGAUUGCUUAUGAUGUGAAGACGUAACCGUCUCUCUCCUUGUGAUAUGAUAUUUAAGCACCUGGACGCCGGGAAA